AUGGCGGUGGCGUCGCCGGAGGAAGGGCACGCCGCGCCGGCGGUCGGCGGCGGGAAUGGGGCCGGUACGGCGAGGGCAUCGAUGGUCGAGGUGGGCGUAGUGGAUGGCGUCUCGGCGAUCAGUGCGGAGGAGGAGGAGGAGGGGGGCAAUGAGGAGGGGGCGAGGUGGCUGAAGCAUUACUCUUCGAUGCAGAGCAUCCUGGUCGUCGGCGACGGGGACUUCUCGUUCUCGCGGGCGCUCGCCGUUGCAUUCUGCUCCGGCGAGAACCUUGUCUCCACGUCUCUGGACUCCUACGAGACACUGAGGACCAAGUACGCCAAAGCAGAGUCUAAUAUAAUGAUACUAAAAAUGAUGGGGGCCACAACUUUGCAUGGUGUUGAUGCUAAGACAAUGAAGCAUCACACUGACCUGAAGAUGAGACGGUUUGAUCGAAUUGUCUUUAAUUUGCCUCAUGCUGGAUUCAAAGGAAAGGAGGACGAUGUGCACCUGAUCAAAUUGCACAAGGAUCUGGUGAGAGGCUUUUUCCACAAUGCAAGACACCUGCUUCGGCCUUAUGGUGAAAUCCAUGUUAGUCACAAGAGAGGAAGGGUGUACGAUAAAUGGAAUAUUGAGCAGCUGGCCUCUGAAUCUUCACUUAUUAUGGUUGAGAAAGUUGAUUUCCAUAUAGAAGACUACCCUGGUUAUAACCAUAAGAGAGGAGAUGGUCGAAGGUGCGAUGAACCUUUCCCUCUAGGUCCUUGCUGCACUUUCAAAUUCUCUAUCAGAGACCUUAAGAAGAAGAAGAAAGGUCAUUCAAGCAGGAUAUGUUCAACCCCAUCCCUUGGAGGAAGCAAUGUCCAUCCUGAAAUAUUGGCAAGUGACUGGAGUCCAUCUCAACCGUUUCAACCUCUCAGAACUUGGCAUUGGUCACAUUUUCAACCACCAGUCAAUGCAGUCAACAUGCCAGUAACUUUUGGCCUGUACUCGGCUGGAAUUGCUCAAAGGCAUCAACUCUAUUUUCCAGGUAAUUUUGUUGGCUUACUAGGGCCCCGAGCAACUGUGUGUUUUCUUCAUCAAGGGAAUAUCCAUCCAAUACUCAGCAUCCUAAGGCCAUUUCCUAAUCUUUUGCCUGUUGCAGGAAGCAUUGCUCCACGAAUUUGCAGAAUCACAGGUACCAGUCUGUUUGAACCUCAGGAGCGGCCGAUACCUAUUCUUAGGCCAAGUCAAAGAAUUAGCUGCUCGUACUCUGCCAUGGAAUACCAAAUGAAUCUGCAGAGGGAUUUUCAGAUACAAAACAAAAUAAUGCCUGCAGGAACCAGCUUGGAUUAUUAUGCUUUUCUGGAAUAUCGCCUCAGGGAUCCUGCUGAGAAAGAGAGGUGGCUGGAAAGCAUGAUUGCAUCGUAUGCUACACGCAGAUAGUGAAUGAUCGUCGUUAGGUGUACAUUUUUUGAGUAUUUAACCUGCUAAAUGCUACAAGGAUCAGUAUUUCACUAGGAACCUUAAUUUGAAGAGGUGCUGUGUGAGAUCGACCGUGUCAAAACUGCACCGGUAGGAUCAUUUUGUGUGGCAAACUCUGACUGACCACAACAGUCAACUUCCUUUUUGUAAUGCAGGUGUCUUUAGGGACGAAAACCA